AUGCCUCCUCUCAUCUACACAUUACUCGGGCUUCUCCUCCUCUCGUACGCAGCUCCUCGAUGCUCCUCUGCAGGCGACACUCUCAUGGCAGGCCAAACUCUCGCGGCCGUUGGUGCUGGUGCCGGCAAGCUCGUCUCAAGAAAUGGCAAGUACGCGCUCGGCUUCUUCCAACCAGCUACAAUGAUUGCAAGCACCAUGAGUAGUAGUAAGUCCCACCACAACACCAGCUCCAGCUCUAGCUGGUACUUUGGCAUAUGGUUCAAUAAAAUUCCAGUUUUUACUACUGUGUGGGUUGCUAAUAGGGAGGAGCCCAUCGCUCAUCCCAAUAUCAACUCCACACAGCUCAGGAUCUCAAGUGACGGUAAUCUUGUCAUCAUCGUACACCAUGUUGGUGCCGGCACUGAAUCCCUUGUCUGGUCCACUCACAUCGUCAAUAGGACACAAACCACCACCACCACUACAACCCUUGUUCUCCUAAACAGUGGAAACCUUGUCCUCCUACCCACAAACACUAGCCAAGAGAUGCCGUCGUGGCAGAGCUUCGACCACCCAACAGAUGUUGUGCUUCCUGGCGUCAAGCUUGGCUGGGACAAGGUCACCGGCUUGAGUAACACGAUCAUCUCAAAGAAGAGUCUCAUUAAUCCUGGUCUUGGCUCAUACAGUGUUGGACUAGAAGGUGCCAUGGGAAUGGUCCUCAAGCGCCGCAACAGCCCCUCUGUAGUGUAUUGGCAAUUUGUGUCCUCUACAACGUCAACAUUGGUACCAAUAAUCCGGUCACUGGUAGAUUUGGAUCCUCGGAUUAAAGGUCUGGUUAACCCAACAUAUGUUGAUAACAACCGAGAGGAGUACUACAUGUACACUUCACCGGAUGAAUCACCACCUUUAUUUGUCUCACUAGACACCUCUGGUCAAAUAAAAAUGAUGUUUUGGUCUCAAGCCAAAAAGACCUGGGAAACCAUAGGUGCCAACCCUGAUGGUCGCUGCAUGACGCCUGCUACAUGUGGUCCUUUUGCAGUCUGCAACAACAAUGCACAUAUAUUAUCUGAGUGUAUGGAGGGCUUCUCUCAGAAGUCACCACAGGAUUGGGAGUUUAAUGAUAGAACAGGCGGAUGCAUCAGAAACACACCAUUACAGUACUGCGGCACUAGUGAGAAAAACAUGACAAGUUCAAAAGACAUGUUCCGCCCGAUUGCUCAAGCUACAUUGCCCUACAAGCCCCAACUAAUAGCCCUUGCUUCAACUCAGACAAAAUGCGAAGAAGCUUGUCUUAGCUCUUGCUCUUGCACUGCUUAUUCCUUUAACAAUGACAAAUGCUCUGUCUGGUAUGGGGAAUUACUUAGUGUAAAUAUGAAUGAUGGCAUUGAUUUUACAGCUGAAGAUGUUCUUUACAUUCGCCUUGCCGCCAAAGAUUUAAGUUUUAGAAAAAAUAAAAGAAAACCGCAUGUUGGAGUUGUUACUGCGGGAGCCAUUAUUGGCCUUGGGUUACUAAUGCUCAUGGUGUUGUUAUUGAUUUGGAUGAAGAAAUUCAAGUGGUGUGGUUUUCCUUUAUACGGCAAUCAAGAUAAUGGUGGAGGGAUUAUGGCCUUCAGAUUCACAGAUUUAGUCCGCGCUACUAAAAACUUCUCAGAAAAGCUAGGAGGAGGUGGUUUUGGUUCUGUAUACAAGGGGGUAUUAAAUAACUCAACUAGUAUCGCAGUGAAAAGGCUUGAUGGUGCUUCUCAAGGAGAGAAGCAAUUCAGGGCCGAGGUGAGCUCAGUUGGACUCAUCCAACACAUCAACAUAGUCAAACUGAUUGGCUUCUGCAGCCAAGGUGAUAAAAGGUUACUUGUAUAUGAACACAUGUCAAAUGGGUCUCUGGAUGGCCAUCUGUUUAAGAAGAGCAAUGCUAAUGGUGAUAUCCUGAACUGGAACACUAGAUUUCAAAUAACCCUUGGAAUUGCUAGAGGAUUGUCCUACUUGCAUCAGAGUUGUCGCUAA